AUGCUGGGACCUGAACAUGUUGAUGUGACAGCCUGUUACAACGAUCUGGGUGGUUUGCACAGUGACCUGGGCGAGACAGAUCAAGCUAAAGACUACUAUAAGCGAGCACUGGAGAUUCGUCUGAGAAAGCUGGGACAUGAAUAUGUUGAUGUUGCAACUUUUGACCUGGGCGAAACAGAUCAACCAAAAGACUGCCAUAAUCGUGCACUGGAGAUUAAACUGAUAAAGCUGGGACCUGAACAUGUUGAUGCCGCACUCUCUUACAACAAUCUGGGUGUUUUACACGUUGCGCUGGGCGAAACAGAUCAAGCAGAAGACUACCAUAAGCGUGCACUGGAGAUUCGUCUGAAAAAGCUGGGACAUGAACGUGUUGAUGUCGCAGCGUGUUACAGCAAUCUGGGUAUUUUACAAAGUCACCUGGGCGAAACAGAUCAAGCAAAAGACUACUAUAAGCAUGCACUGGAAAUUCGUCUUAAGAAACUGGGACUUGAUCAUUCACCUAGACGAAACAGAUCAACCAAAAGACUACCUAAAGAGUGCACUGGAGAUUCGUCUGAAAAUCUGGGACCUAAACAUGUUGACGUUGCAGCCUCUUUCAACAAUCUGGGUAUUUUACACGUCGCGCUGGGCGAAACAGAACAAGCAAAAGAGUACUAUAAGCGUGCACUGGAGAUUCUUCUGAAAAAUCUGGGUGCUGAACAUGCUGAUGUUGCAGCCUCUCACAACAAUCUGGGCACUUUACACAGUAUGCUGGGCGAAACAGAUCAAGCAAAAGACUAUCAUAAGCUUGCACUGGAGAUUCGUCCGAAAAAGCUGGGACCUAAACAUGUUGAUGUCGCACAUUCUUACCACAUGCUGGGUUGUGUGCACAAUGACCUAGGCGAACUCAAAGAGGCCAGUAUUGUCCUGAUCGUGCACUAG